AUGGGAGACCUGAAGUCGGGUUUUGAAGAGGUGGAUGGCGUGAGGCUCGGCUACCUCAUCAUUAAAGGAAAGCAAAUGUUUGCACUCUCCCAGGUUUUUACAGACCUGCUCAAAAACAUCCCGCGAACUACCGUGCACAAGCGAAUGGAUCAUUUAAAAGUCAAAAAGCAUCACUGCGACCUGGAGGAGUUGAGGAAACUCAAAGCCAUCAACUCCAUCGCCUUCCACGCCGCCAAAUGCACCCUGAUCUCCAGAGAGGACGUGGAAGCCCUUUACACGUCUUGCAAAACCGAGCGGGUCCUAAGGACGAAACGGAGGAAAAUCAGCCGAGCGCUGUCAGCCGCCGACCUCCGGCCGGAGCUGGCGCACGCCGACCCCUUCCGCGACUUCUGGAAGGAGAACAAACUUUGGCUGGGUCUGCGUGACUCUCCCCGGCCCCUGCUGCCCGUCCGGAGGAAAGCCCUGCGGCCGGGGGACGCGGCCUUGCUACCGGCCUCUCAUCUACCUCACAUUUUUAGUAAAUACACUGGCCACAGCUACCCAGAAAUCGCUCGGGCGCCUCGCAAACCCCCCGCAAACUAUGAAACGGCGCCGGCGGCGGGCGGCU